UUCAAAAGGAAAACAUGGAAUCUAGCGAUAUAUUUAACUGUGCUGUCAGAGUGAAGAAAGAGCCUUAUGACGAACCCUUUAAAAAUGAUUACCAUACAAUUUACGAGGUGCCUGAUGUUAAAAAUCUUCGAUUCUCCAGAGAAUAUUCAACGCUUCAAGAAUGCAAGAAAAAUCAUGAAAAUGAACUUGACGAAAUAAAAAUUGAAUUAGAAUUUCAAGACGUGAAGCCCAUCUGGAAUUUAUCAAUUGUUAAGAAAACUAAUGAUUUCUCUCAAAAUCAUUUGCAGCAUAUGAAGUACAGUGACGAUUUUAAAUCUCAACACAUAAUUAAAAUGAAAACUGAAGGUGAAAUGAAAAAAGAAAUCCAUUUGAAUGACGAUCAUGAACUUGGCGAAAAAAAUAAAAAGAGAAGGGAUACAAAAAAGUCUAACUCUAUCAAUAGUCUUAAAACUCAUAUCGAUACAGUGCAUAGUGGAACCCCCCACGCAUGCAAUAUAUGUAAAAAGAAAUUUAAAAGUAAAAGUUAUCUCAGGACCCACAUCGAUUCUAUGCAUAAUGGUAUCAAACAUACAUGUGAUAGAUGUGAAAAGUCUUUUUCACGAAAAUUUGUUCUCCAAAGGCAUAUCGAAUCGUUUCAUAAUGGUAUCACUUACGCAUGCGAUAUGUGCAGAAAUAAAUUUACAACAAAAAGUAGUCUUAAGAUCCACGUGGAUUCGUUGCAUAAUGGUAAGAAACAUUCAUGUGAUAAAUGCGGAAUGAAAUUCACACAAAAGACUAAUCUCAAAACCCACAUCAACGCGAUGCAUAAUGGUAUCACCCACGCAUGCAGUACAUGUGAGAAGACAUUCACACAGAAGAAGCAUCUCAAAAACCACAUAGAUGUGGCACAUAUCGGUGUUAAAUAUAAAUGCGGAACAUGUGGAAAGAAAUUUUUACGAAACGAUAGGCUAAAAAUUCAUAUCGAUGCGAUUCAUAAUGGUGUCACUUAUGAAUGUGAUAUAUGUGAAAAAAAAUAUCAACAUCGAUCUGAUCUCAAGAAACAUGUCGAAUCGUCUCAUAAUGGUGUCACUCAUGAAUGUGAAACUUGCGGAAAGACUUUCAGACAUAAAAAAAGUCUCAAAGCUCACAUUUAUACGGCGCAUCGCUAACGCAUCAUUACUUAAUCAAAAUUUAUAAAAUGUAUGUCCUAAUGUGCCAAAAAUCGCGAUUUAUGAUCUAACGUAGUGGUAAAAAAAACUGAUCUAAAUUAAUUUGCUGCAAUAUUUUGAAUUCUUAUAUUAUAUUAUCUUAAUUUUUUGUACAAGGGUGUUCGCUAAAAUAGCGGGUGAGGUGUUCGACACGUCCACGUGACAAUACGUAGAAACAACGUCCAAAUUCGAAAAAAUGAAAACAUUUUGUAAAAAAACCAUACUGCUUAUUUUGUAUUGAUCUAAAUAUAAAAUAAAAAUGUGUGCUUUUUGUGUUAUAUACAUAAGAAUUGUGAAUGUACAUUGAUUUAGCGCGCUUCGUAAUUUGCGUUGAUCUAUAAACUCCAGCCUCAUUAGCUUGCUUUAUCAUAUAUUAUGCUUGCGAGUACUCCACAAUUCUAUGACUAAUCAUAACUCGAAUAAAACAGCUUCGCAUAAUUUUUUUCAACACACACAAGAAGAGAAUAACCAUGA